GCAAGGCCAGCAAGGCCCACGAAGCCAAGGCCAAGGCACUACUGGCGCUACUCGGUGACGCGAUCAUGGCAGCGAGGGCUUUCUCGCUUUCUUCAAAAUUGUUGUCCAAUGCGGGAGUCACGUACAGACCUCUUUUAAGUCGACAUACAUUACAAACAUCUGCACUACUAAACCAGAAGCAAGAUGUUGGGCAAAAACCUCCUAUCCAGCCGCUGGACGACAUCGAUCGUCCACAGUUCCUGGGCAUUCGCUGUAACUGGACGCAGAAGCUGGAGUUCCAAGGGUACAGGGUAGAAGAAGGUACCUCCGUUUACCGGAUACUGAACCGGGAAGGCAAAGUUCUGGAACCGGCCCAGGACCCAAAUCUAUCUGAAGAAAUCCUGGUGCGAAUGUAUCACGGCAUGACCAUUCUCAACAACAUCGACCGCAUCCUCUAUGAAUCUCAACGGCAAGGAAGAAUCUCAUUCUACAUGACCAAUUACGGAGAGGAGGCAACACACUUUGGCAGUGCGGCCGCAUUGGAUGAUACGGACCUUGUGUACGGACAAUACAGAGAGGCUGGCGUACUAGUAUGGCGAGGAUAUCCGCUCCAGGCAUUCAUGAACCAGUGCUACGCCAACGAAAUGGACCUGGAGAAGGGACGGCACAUGCCCGUACAUUACGGAUCGCAGGACCACCAUUUCGUCACCAUAUCGUCGCCGCUCGCGACUCAGCUGCCGCAGGCCGCUGGAUCGGCGUACGCUCUCAAACUGGCUCAGAAGAACAACGUUGUGGUGUGCUACUUCGGAGAGGGCGCCGCCAGCGAAGGCGAUGCUCACGCCGGACUAAAUUUUGCGGCGACCCUCGACUGUCCCGUCAUAUUCUUCUGUCGCAACAACGGUUACGCUAUCUCCACACCAGCUCACGAGCAGUACCGUGGCGAUGGAAUCGUUGCUAGAGGACCUGGUUACGGAAUCGCGUCCAUAAGGGUGGAUGGAAACGACGUCCUGGCGGUUUACAACGCAACCAAAGCGGCUCGUGAGAUCUGUCUCGAGGAAAAGAGGCCCGUGCUGAUCGAAGCCAUGACAUACAGGAUUGGACAUCACAGCACGUCCGACGACAGUACGGCGUACCGUUCGGUGGACGAAGUUCGACAUUGGGACCAGAUGGAUCACCCCAUCUCCAGAAUGCGGAAGUACCUCAUGAGCAAAGGGUACUGGGAUGACAAGAAGGAGGAAGCCUGGAAACAGGAGUCGAGAAAACAGGUAAUGCAAGCGUUUGUACGAGCAGAAAAGGCCAAGAAACCACCGGUGAGGGACAUGUUCACGGACGUGUACAAAGACAUGCCCUUGGAACUUCAGGAGCAGUGGGAACACCUGCAGCGCCACCUUCAACAGUACAAAGACCACUAUCCACUGAACUUAUAUGCAGGAUCUAAAGAACAGUAGCCCGCCUUUAGUCAGCCAGUUUAAGAAUUCCACGAGCGUUGUCCGAUUUUCUCAGCUCGCACACCUGGUGGAAUGCCGAUGGAAUGCCGGUGGUGCCGCUCUUAAAGUCGUACACCGUCAGAGGAAGCUGCGGACAAUGCUGUACUGUACUGCACAGACAUAAAUGUUGAUCACGGCUGAGUCGUUAAUGUUUGCACGUGAGGAUUGUUGCUGGUGUUGUUGGAGAGGAUUGUUGCUGCUUAUAGUUUCUGUGACAGCUGUUAUCUUGGCCACAUGCUGUUGAUGUUACUGUGGCUCCUGACUAUGGGGUAACUGUUUCUUGUGACAGAAAGCAUACUUCUUUUUUUUGUUUUUUGUAUUUAGACCACGGAAGUGCUGGGGAAACGAAACACGUUUUUAUAACUCUAGUCCCUGCUGUGCUUUUUUCUUCCUUUGCGUUUAAUUUUGGGUACGGCACUACGGCUACACUUCUGUUUCUGUCACCCGUUUCUUUUGUGUGUGUGUAUUGACCAAAUACAUGCGUGGAAGCAACUGUACGUCGUGUUACAGUUUUUUUUUUUUCUCGUAAAUUUGGAAGCCCCUGUUACGAUGGUGUCAUACCGGUUAUACCGGUGUGCCAAACUUGGAAUCCCCUGUUAAGUGGUGUCAUACCGGUUAUACCGGUGUGCCAGUUAAGAAAUCGCUUCAAGAUUCGUUGACGAAGAGCACCAGUUUCCUUCUUAAUGCAUUACAUUAUCGUAGUAGCUGAUGACAUUUUCUGUCGUUUUCAAUUGAGGACUGUUUGUACCGUUGAAUAGUCUUGUCUUCAAAGUGCUGACUAUGUACCAACGAACCAUAAUAGUAGAUGAAAUCAUAAUAUUAAUGGUCAUAGAGACAGGAUCAUGUGCAGCAAACUACAGACCGAUGGGCUGAAAUCCAACACGCUGCAGAUGAGAUGAGAUUAAGAUAUCGAGAGUCCCAGUGGGAAGUCAAAAGGGAAACUCUGCCCCAAAAAUUUCCCAUUGCGACCUCAACUUCCUAUUGAAUUAAAAACAAUUAAAAACCCCCAGUGCUGGGUAGGACAAGGACAGAGGAUAAAAGGACAAGGACCGGCACUUUUAUCCUCUGUCCUUGUCCUACCCAGCACUGGGGUUUUUUUUAAUUGUUUUUAAUUCAAUAGGAACCAACCAGCCCAAACGCUUGCUCUGCUCAACUUCCUACUGCUGUAGCAUUUGUGCUUGCAGAUGGUUCCAGCACUCUUGUGUACGUUAUAUUUUUGUAGUGCACUUUUACACAUUUACGAUUAAAGGGUUUGUGACGCAUUAACUGAAAGCUAUGCCAGGUAAAUGUAAAAGACUUUUGCUCGUGUCGAUGCAGAUCUGCAUUCCAAGCUUUAUAGCAAGAAAGGGGUAAUACUAGACGCCUAGAAGAUGGGCGCCAAGGACGGGAAAAUAAUUUUUUUGCCAGAGUACCCGGCAGUACGAUACAAUGCGUGCAUUGCGUGUUGAACAACAUCUACCAGAGUGUCACAACUCCUUUAAGUAUUUUACCUCGUUACCUCAUUUUGUUAUGACCUUGUACUACAUGGAGCCACCCUAUUGCACGCUUGUGAACAAUACAGUACUGACGUUCAAUUCCCAUCAAAUUCAAUACUGUUUCCCUGUGUGAAAACGUGGUGAAUGGCAUUGACUGUGACGCUCAGUUUCUGUGUCAUAUGGAAAUACUUUCUCUACCAGCAUUUCACAUCCAAUUAGCAAUUGGAUGUGAAUUGGAAUAUUUAGUGCAGUAUUCCCAGAGAUAGACUUUACAGUUCUUAUUUUUUUUUUGCCUGCAAUUAAGCUCCUACUAGUUGCUUUAUCAGAUAACGAGGUGCCUGCUCGUUUUUACCGUUUAAAUUAGAGCGGGAAAAUUAGAAUUUGUGCCAAGAUUAUGGUCCGAUAGUAAGUAGCUAUCGCGGGAGGCAAGAGCGUUUUUUUAUCUUUCGAUACAAAGCCAAAACAGUGACAUACCAUGUACUUAGUAAUACACACGUGUGUAACAUAACUAAAUACAUUCCACUUUAUUUUGUUGAUAAUAUACCCCUCAUUUAUAUAAUAGUAAACGUGGGGAAACUAGAAACAAUAGACGAUGUAACGCCGGUACAUUCACUAUCGCGUGUACUUGAAACACGUAUGUACUAAAUGUACCACAAAUGUGCGAUCGAAAGUAACGAAAAUACUCAAACUGAGAUUCUCAGUCAGUGAUAAGUCCUUCUCGCAUGUGAAUGUGUUUGCAGUACGAAGGUGUAUAAACUGAGUUGCAUUUGUAAGCAAAGUUGCGGUUUCUAGUCUCUCCAAUGUGAUUCUUCAGCUGUGUUCGCCCUUUUUUUCCAGUAUUUGCAGCUCGGAGUGUCUGUCUCUCUCUGUGUCUCGGAUCUAUUGAACAAUAAAGUUAGUUUGCUCAUGAUUG